AUGGACACGAUCUCGCCGCUGCCUACAUCGAUCCCUCUGCGCAUGAAGAACUCGGGGUACUUGCGCAACAGAGCCAAUAGUACCGAUGCAGUAUCGAUGAGCGACGAGCGACCUGGAUCCUCUCAGUCGCAUAUGUCCAGAUUCAUUGCAGACAACAUUCCAGCUUGGGCAAGGGUUUACUACCAAAAGGGAGAACGCAUCUCAGUUGGAGCCCCGGAAUCCGAGUCUUCUGAGAGCGUACGGCUGGGAACCGCCCACAGCGGACGAUCGCGCACACCUUCAGAGAGCAACUUCCCACUCAGCAUCUACCGACCACGGAACCGACCGAGGAACAAUUCAAGGAACCGCGCUUCACACGCCGAUACUGUCUCACUAGCAGACGACGUUCACUCGAUUGACGGAGCAGUAUACGCAGUCGGACCUCACAUGUACCCGCUCAGCGGUUACUCAACACCGCACCUCCGGACCGAUCGGAGAGGACAAUUGUACAGCGCUUGGAACGCACCAUCACUGGACGACGACGUUCAUGUCACACUCUUCGGGCGCCAAAACAGACAGAUCCUGCUUUUCUGUAUAGGAUUUCUGUUCCCACCUGCUUGGAUAAUUGCCUCGUUCCUUCCUCUACCCCUCGACCCGAACGCUGUUGGUACCCCAACUGCCAGCCAGGCCGACCUGGAACAGCAAUUCGCCCAAGCCAUGGGGCCCGCCGACGACAAAUCCUUCCAGAAAGCAACUUGGUGGCGCAACCUCAACCGUGUCAUGUCCGGAGUUGGCACGCUUCUGAUCGGUGUCAUCGUCGCGCUGGCCAUUCUUGCAUCGCGCAUGUAA